UUUUCUCGACAACUCGAUUUUUUUCUAGAAAACAUCUAGAACAUUUUUUGUUGUUGUUUUAAACCAAGAUAAAUUAACUUUUUGGGGGGGAAGAGGAGAUUCUAGAAAAUCUUUAAUGUUCAAACUCAAAGAUGUUUAUUUUUCAAACUCAAAAAAGUCGGGAGUAUUUUGUAGAAAAUUUCAGAGAUUAAUCUCAAAAUUUCAGAUUGUUUGAAAAUUUAAGAGAUUGUCUCAAAAUUUUAACUUUUUGCCUUUUAAGGUUACGUAUUGAGCUGUGUGUAUAUAUAUAUAAUUUCUACACUUCCCCAGCUCAAUAAAGGGAUGAAGCUCAAUUAGCAUUUCACAAGUCCCGUUCCCCCUCCGCCGCAGCCUUCCCCGUGGAGCCCAUGCUUUUCUAGGGAUUGUCCUGUUUUGGGCCCUUGUUGCGGUUGGCAGGGUGACAGUAUUCGAGUGUGCAAACUUGUGCCAUUGUCCUCCGGCCAGAGGGAGCCAUGGAGACCCCAUAAUAUGACACAGGAAAAUGUUUGCUGAUGGCAAUUCUAUGGGCUUUGUCCGAGUCUUUUUUCCUUCAUGACGACUCGAUUUAAGUCUCUAAAUGUUUGACUACAAAUGCAGGAGUGCUAUCCAGCUCCUUCCCCUUUGUCCCGCCAGGUUUGAAUGAGUAAUUCAGCCUUUGUGUCGCUCGAUUGAGGGGGCAAACAGAAAGACAAGAUUCUUGAGCGUUCAAGCCCCUUUCCAUGGUUAUGCGCUCUUUAGAUCUCCCCACCGCCACCAAAUCCUACAGCUGACAUCAUGUGGAAGGCAUUAAACCUCAACUUUAACCCGUGCAACAGGAAGUUAAAGCAUGUCCAAUACGAUAUAUUUCAUUUAUGUUGAAUUAUUUUUGCGUACAAGGAGCAGAGUUAGACGCGGUUUUUUGGGGGGAAAUAUCGCGUUUCCAGGGCUGGACUUUCCAGAUCUCCAUGGCAGCAAUUUGCGCUGGUGAAGAAUUUGAUACCAAGGCGCUUGGAGACUGAUUGGAGUGCAUUGUGAGGGGUCUGGGGUCGCUGAUUGGUUCAAGGAAAGGAGCAUAACUACAAAGGGUUUAUAUUCAUUCAGCUUCCUGAAGUACCUCUGCAGUCUGGAGGGAAGCUUAAACUAAAACGAUUGUGUCGGUGGAUUAUGGUUCAUAUUUCUACAAUGGACUCAUGAAGUGAGCCAAAUAGCUUCUGGUAAAGAUGUCAAGCGCAGACAGCGAAGUUAAAACUUUGCUUAACUUUGUAAAUUUGGCGUCCAGCGACAUCAAGGCGGCUCUGGAUAAGUCGGCUCCCUGCAGGCGCUCCGUGGAUCACCGGAAAUACCUACAAAAGCAACUCAAACGCUUCUCACAAAAGUUCUCCAGAGUCCCGAGAGGUCAAUCUCUCACUUCUGCGGACAACAGGUGCGCCAGAGGAGCUGAGCGUCAAAGGGCGACUGCGACGGAUCAGGCCAGCUCCGAUGCGCAACAUGCGCAGAGCGUCGGCGGCUUAAUGGACCAGGUGCCGAUGCGGAAACGACAACUUCCAGCGUCGUUUUGGGAGGAACCCAGGCUAACCAAAGCCAGGAGAGACAAACCCUUUUUGGAUUUGAGAAGAAGCAGCAGCUCGGGGACAUCUGAUGGCGGCGAGAAUGAAAAGAGGAGAAGGAGUCAGGAGGACGCGCAAAAAACCGCAAACUCCUCAUCCGGCAGGCGCAGCUCUGCGGAAAAAGAAGUGCUGAAACUGGAUCUGACUUCCCAUCGCUCCGUGAGUUUCUGCAGCUGCUGCCCCUUCCAGUUCCACGGACAUCAGGUCCUCCACAGCCAGAUUGUUGUUCCGCAUCCUCCCUUUGGUCUAUGGAGCAAGGCAGCAGAGCCGCAAAGGUCCGAGCAUCCGUACGGACAGAAACUCCACACGCACGUUGUGGUGAAACCGAUACCGACCAAGGCCACGGCGCAGUCUCCGAUCUUCAGCGUGUUUGGGUUCAUUUAAUCUUUAAGCCCGUCACAUGAGGAUGCGGUGCCGUUAGUAAAGUUACAGACAAACAUUAACAGAAAUAAUUUGGGUCAUUUAGCCUGUUACGAGAGAAACAACUUCAUUUUUAGUCAUUUUUGCCACUUUUUAAAAUUUAUUUAGAAUGUUACCGUUUCAAGCUAAAUGAAAUAUUCUAAUUAUUUACUUAGCAAGCUAAAUAUUCUGUUGAGAGUUAAAAGCUAUCUUGCUACCUAAUUAGCUCGGAGGUAGCCAUUUAGCUCUGACCUAAAUAGCUAGACAGCAAACGAAAUAUUUAGCUAGCAUGCAAAUUCACUUGCCAGUAGGCGGAAGUGUCUGUCAAAGUAAAAGCUGGGUUUGCUGACGUCUGAGCUAGCUAAAUAUUUAGUUUGCUAGCUAAAUCUUUAACUCGGAGCUAUUUAGUUAGCAAUCUAAAUAUGUAGUUUGGAAAUAAAUAUUUAGCUAGCUCAGAGUUAGAUAUUUAGCUAAUAUUCGAAUUAACUUGCCAAUAGAUGGAAGUGUCUGCCAAAAUAAAAUCUGGGUCUAGCUAGAUAUUUAACUUGCUAACUAAAUGUUU